AUGUCCAAUCCUAUCACCAACACCGUGAAGGCUGUGAAGAAGGCCAAGAACGGCGUGAAGGCUAAGCACAGCCGCGUGCACUAUACUACUCGUUUCACUCGCCCGGCGACCAAGAAGGCCGUUGUCACGCCGAAGAAGACUGUGCCGUUGCACCACAACGCGCGCGUUGACCCGUACAGCAUCAUCAAGCUGCCGCUCAACACCGAGGCCGCACUCCGAGAGAUUGAGAACAACGUCCUCACCUUCCUCUGUGACUUGAAAGCAACCAAACCCCAGAUCAAAGCCGCCAUCGCCCAUCGCUUCAACGUCAAGGUAGCCAAGGUCAAUACCCUCAUCCGACCCGACUGCCAGAAGAAGGCCUUCGUCAAGCUCGACGCCUCCUGCGACGCUUCCGAAGUCGCCUCCAAGCUCGGUCUCCUCUGA